AUGGCCACCUUCGCGUGGUCCGUAGACGAGAUGCCCGGCAUCAGUCCGGAAGUUAUUUCCCACGAGCUGAAUGCGGACCCUACGUUCCGACCUGUGAAGCAGAAGCGAAGGAAGUUGGGCCCUGAGCGAGCUGAAAUCGUUAACAAAGAGGUCGAACGUUUGCUGAAGGCGGGACAGAUACGCGAAGUGAAAUACCCUGAGUGGCUCGCAAACACGGUGGUAGUCAAAAAGAAGAAUGGAAAGUCACGAGUCUGUGUCGACUUUACCGACCUGAAUAAGGCGUGCCCCAAAGACAGCUUUCCACUUCCGCAUAUUGACCGCUUAGUUGAGUCCACUUCGGGUCACGAGCUGAUGUCUUUUAUGGAUGCUUUCUCUGGCUACAACCAAAUCCUAAUGAAUCCGGAUGACCAGGAGAAGACUGCAUUCAUUACGGACCGCGGGAUUUUCUGCUACAACGUGAUGCCUUUUGGGUUAAAAAACACGGGAGCAACUUACCAGAGAUUGGUGAAUAGAAUGUUUGAGCAUCAGCUCGGGAAGACCAUGGAAGUCUACAUUGACGACAUGCUUGUAAAUUCAAUGGAAGCUGGCUUGCACCUCGCUGAUCUGAAAGUUUGCUUCGAUAUCCUUGAUCAGUUCGGGAUGAAGCUUAACCCCACGAAGUGCACCUUUGCAGUCCCAUCAGGGGAAUUUCUGGGGUACAUCGUCACAGAAAGAGGAAUUGAAGCAAACCCAAGGCAGAUUAAUGCUUUCCUGUCUAUGAGUUCUCCUAGAACCUUGCGCGAAGUGCAACGCCUUAACGGACGGAUCGUAGCUCUCAACCGCUUCAUUUAUCGAUCUACGGACAAAUGCCUCCCUUUCUACCAGCUAUUACGGAAAGGGGGAAAAAACUUCUUGUGGGAUGCGAAGUGCAAGGAGGCCUUCGCUCAGCUCAAAGCCUACCUGUCUGAACCGCCGGUUUUGGCUAAGCCCGAGUUCGGCGAGCCGCUCUUCCUUUACGUAGCCGUAUCGGACAGUGCAGUCAGCGGAGUGUUAGUUCGUGAGGAAAGGGGGGAGCAGGGACCAAUUUUUUAUAUCAGCAAGUCUUUCACUGGAACAGAGUCCAGGUACCCUAUGAUGGAGAAAUUGGCCUUAGCAGUGGUCACUUCGGCAAGAAAGUUGCGGCCUUAUUUCCGGUCCCAUACGAUCGUAAUCCUCACGACUCAGCCACUUCGAACGGUGUUACAUAGCCUGAGCCAAUUUGGGCGGCUAACCAAAUGGGCUGUCGAGUUGACCUCUUCGGUUAGCGGUGAUGUCGAAGCCCAGUGGACAUUGUACGUUGAUGGUGCUUCUUCCAAGACGGGAGAAGGAAUUGGGGUCCGCCUUACUUCUCCUACAGGCGAAGUGAUCGAGCAGUCAUUUCGCUUGGCUUUCAGCGCGUCCAACAAUGAAGCCGAAUACGAAUCCUUCCUAGCUGGCUUACGCCUCGCAGUGGGGAUUGGUGUACGAAGACUUCGAGCUUUUUGCGAUUCGCAGCUGGUCACCAACCAGUUUUUGGGGGAGUACGAGACAAAGGAUGGUCGUAUGGAAGCCUAUUUAUCCGCAGCCCGGGAGUUAGUCACUAAGUUCGAGGAGUUCGAAAUCACUAAGAUCCCACGAAGUGAGAACUCCGCCGCGGACGCUUUAGCAUCUCUGGCAUCAACCUCCGAUCCCGCGAUGACAAGGAUUAUCCCCAUCAAAGUCAUCCAGCUCCCAAGUAUCCGUCUAGAGAGUUCAAACGUCGUCACUCGGGCGAUUAAAAAACAGUUGGCAGCUGAGGAAGCAGCUCGUAAGGCGGCUGCGGACUCCUUACCGUCAGAAGAUCCGGCUCCCGUUAUGCCCACUCCGAUGGAAGUUCAUCCACCUCAAGCUGAGCUAGACGCGAAUUUAACUCUGGCCCAAUCGAGCUCACCGGUCGACAAUCGAGCUAUUAUCCCACAUGCUGCUCCUAGCGGCACGAAUUCUAACAGCUGGGAGGCAGAUGACUGGCGGAGCCUGAUCUGGGCUUACCUGGAAAAAGGGGAACUCCCAGCUGACAAAUGGGCAGCUAGGAAGCUCAAGAUCGUCAGUGCGCGGUACUGCGUUCACAACGGAAUACUUCUACGCCGAAGUGUAGCUGGUCCUUAUUUAACUUGUGUAGCUGGUAGAGAGCCCACGAUGCUGAUGCGAGCUGUCCACGAUGGUCCCAAUGGAAAUCACUCCGGAGGGCGGACUCUGGCUUUUAAAAUCAAAUGGCAAGGUUACUUCUGGCCUACCAUGGUCACGGACUGCGAAAAAUAUUCUCAGACUUGUGAGAAGUGUCAGAAGCACGCCCCGUCAAUUCAUCAACCUACCGAGCUCCUGUCUUCAGUGUCCGCACCUUACCCAUUUAUGAGGUGGUCGAUGGAUAUCAUCGGUCCUUUACAUCGGGGACCAGGAGGAGUUCAGUACGUGCUCGCUCUUACUGACUAUUUUUCCAAGUGGGUGGAAGCAGCAGCCUACGCGAAAGUAACAAGCGACAAAGUGGAACAGUUCGUGCUAAAAAAUAUAAUCUAUCGCUACGGGGUCCUUCACGAAAUCGUCACGGACAAUGGUCCGCAUCUCCUCGAAGCCGAGGCGAUAAAUAAAGUUAUUCUUGCUAAUUUGAAAAAACGGCUCGACUCUCGCAAAGAGCGCUGGCCAGACGAGCUGCAGGGCGUUCUUUGGGCAAUCCGAACAAUACCUCACCGGGCCACUAGUGAAACACCUUUCUCCCUGGUCUACGGAGUCGAUGCCGUAGUCCCAGUUGACAUAGAGGUCCCCGGAGUCCGUACCUCAUUGAACCCACUCCGAGCUGAGGAAAAUGAGGAGUUCCUACAGGAUACUCUCGAUACAAUCAACGAGCGUCGGGACCAGGCGUUAGCUAGGAUCCAGAAUUACCAGAACGCGGUAGCUCGAUACUAUAACUCCAAAGUCCGAGGCAGGCCCUUGGCAGUGGGCGACCUUGUCCUCCGGAAAGUCUAUGAAAAUACCGAGGAGCUCAAUGCAGGAAAACUGGGAAUUAAUUGGGAAGGACCAUACAGAAUUACUCGCGAAGUCCGAAAUGGAGUUUAUCAGCUCGAGGAUCCAGAGGGAAAACCAGUCCCGAGGUCUUGGAAUUCUCUACACCUUAAACUUUUUUACAGCUAA